UCCAGUUUCCCUCGGUAACAGAUCGUACGAGUGUGCGCCGAGCCAACGGGCACCCUCGACAAGCUCUAUCGCAGAUGAUCCAAUUGAAACGCGAAGGAUAAGGCGAUGCUGCAUGGAGAAAAUUGAAUCGUCGGGAAGAUCUCUUUAAUGGCUGCCAGCUUAUUUACUCGGUUUGCCUCAACGUUGCGUAGCCCUAGUCUUUCCCGGGGCCUCUCCUUUGAUCACGUUUCUCCUUUUUGCCUACAUCCAUCAGUAAUCUGCCACGUCCCUGAAAUCCUCACAGCAACUCUCUCUCUCUCUCUCUCUCUCUCUCGCUCGUCCUCUCUCUUUCUAGCUGUUCACCAAUGGUAACCACUCGACAACGCGCUACUCGAGCUCGACUAGUAAACUCCUCCAGUCCCAUUCCUUUAGCCGGCAAUCCUUGCCUCUUCACCGCGUGGCGUCAUGUACGCUCUCGCGGGCGAGAGAGAGAGAGAGAGAGAGAGAGAGAGAACAAUAUGCUCACCAGCCCUCAACUCACUCCGUCUAACCACGAGGCCAUCUUAUUCGUCUUAUCCUCAUCCCACUGUUACUCUUCCUCCUAUAGAGAGUCCAGAGCGAGAUUCCCUCUAUUGUGAGUAGGCAUCUAGAAGUAACGGAGGCAAGAGAGAGACUUGAAGAGAGAAGAAGAAGAGAGAAUGACUCCUGGAGUCUCUCCGAGGGAUUGCGGUGCAUGUAUAAAAGAGGGAUUUCCUAGAAGCCAAGGGAGCAGAGCCUCGCUGGUCUUCUGUGGCUGUGGUAUAUUUUAUACGUUUAACGUUUGCGCGCUACUGCGCAACGCGUCCGCAAGUCCGUGCGUGUCACUCAAAACUUCCAAGUCACCAAUAUAUCUAGCCGACUACCGUAAUAGCUUUUAUGUCAGGAUAUCCUAGAUAAGCUACGACACGGUUACGUGCUCUUACUAUACUUUAAGCUGUCCAUAAUUCCCACCGUUAUUUUAGAGCUCUCCCGCCGUCUCUCUAGCCGCUGGUAAGCGCUGCAUGUCCGCUACGACGCCUGUCAAUUCGACGUCGUAUUUUCACUCGUUAGAGAGUCUGCCGGGCCAGUCUGUGUCUACAGGGUGUACGAACGAGACGGGGUAUCUUGUAGUUCCUUGGGGAAACGACCAGGCGAAAUAUUUUACGCGAUCAAACGUCUGUUAUCUAUGGGAUUGUUUUGUACGUGAAACGGAAUGGAGAGAGAAGAGGGUUAUACCUUAUUUUGCGGUCUGCCCUCCUAUUGUGACUCUCAUCAAAAAGACUGCCUUUCAUCCACGAGAUUUCCAACUGCUAUACAGUGCUUCGAUAGCACCCGCUGACGUCCUACAACGAUCCCCAAAGCUGCCCAUCAACCUUCAAGACCUUUUGGUAUUUUUCUUACUUGGCCCAAGGAAUUCUAUUUGGAGUCGCAAGGACCUGAAGAAAGUAAGUCCGGGGUCAGGUUAGGUUGCCUUGAUCUCGUGCCCUCUUAUCUGGACGCUAAAGAAAAAUUUACUCUACCAUACCAGACGGUUUGUGUCUGCUUUUGACAAAGGGGAAACCAAUUACUAGACUUAGAUCAUUGAUUUUUGGAUCUAUCUCAGAGAUCUCUUCGAAAAAGAUCACUAUCAACAGUUACCCUCUUUGAAAGACCAGCUACGUAUAUU